GGACCGACUCAUACACAGCCCUGCGGUCCUGUGCAUCACGUCCAGCAUGUUGUUUGCCUGUGCUCUCCUGACCCUCGUGGGCCUAGCAGCCUCCUGCAGUUCCAUCGUGCCCCGCAGUGAGUGGAAGGCCCUGCCAUCCGAGUGCUCUAAGAGCCUGAGGCGCCCAGUUCGCUACGUGGUGAUCUCACACACAGCGGGCAGCUUCUGUACCAGCCCGGACUCCUGUGAACAGCAGGCCCGCAAUGUACAGUCUUACCACAUGACAGAGCUGGGCUGGUGCGAUGUAGGCUACAACUUCCUCAUUGGAGAGGACGGUCAUGUCUAUGAAGGCCGAGGCUGGAGCAUCAAGGGUGACCACACAGGGCCCACCUGGAAUCCCAUGUCUAUCGGCAUCACCUUCAUGGGCAACUACAUGAAGCGGGCACCAGCAAAACGGGCCCUCCGUGCUGCCCUAAAUCUUCUGAAAUGUGGGGUGUCUCAGGGCUUCCUGAGAUCCAACUAUGAGGUCAAAGGACACCGGGAUGUGCAAAGCACUCUCUCUCCAGGCGACCAGCUCUAUGAGAUCAUCCAGCGCUGGGAUCACUACCGAGAGUGAGACCUUGAGACCUUGUGGAGUCCCCACCCUGAAAUCCCUCCUGCCACCUACUCCUUCCCAGUGACCCCAAUAAAGACUCAGCACCAACCAUGCUCUGGUGAA